CGCCUCCCCGCCGGGGCCGGGCCCGCUCCCAGCGCGCGCACACGGGCGCGCGCGCGCGCACACUCACACACACACUCACACACGUGUGCGCCCCUCCGCUCCGGAGCUGCUGCUGCUCCUGCUCUCAGCGCCGUAGUGGAAGGCAGGGCCGCGCCGCUCCUUCUUUAAAUAUAUAAAUUGGAGCCGGCCGGCCUCGGCCGCCCCCCUGACAGCGCCGCCCGCGGCCCUCCCGCCGGCGCGCCCGCUGCCAGCCCCGGGACCUUUUCAUCUCUUCCCUUUUGGCCGGAGGAGCCGAGUUCGGAUCCGCCACUCCGCACCCGAAACUGACACACUGAACUCCGUUUCCUCCUCCUAAAUUUAUUUCUGCCUAAUAGCCAUUCGUCUCUUUUUUUGUCCCCAUCUCGUCGCUCCAAGAAAACUUUUGCUGACUCCCCCAAGUGAAGCUUCCCCCUUGCCCGUCGUGUAUUAAUAUUUCCACUUGGAGAACGACUUGCCUUUUCUUUUUAAAGGAAUUCAAGCAAGAUAGCUUUUUCGCUCGGACAUUGACUCCCGAUUGUUUGCAAAAGUUUCGCAUUAAAAAAAAAAAAUCUACCUGAUCCGUACUUUGAGAGUUGUUGGUUUCUUUUUUAUUUUUCUUACUUUUUUACUUUUUUAAAAAAAUUUUUUUCCACCUUAAAAAAAAAUGCACUACUGUGUGCUGAGCGCUUUUCUGCUCCUGCAUCUGGUCACGGUCGCGCUCAGCCUGUCUACCUGCAGCACGCUCGACAUGGACCAGUUCAUGCGCAAGAGGAUCGAGGCGAUCCGCGGACAGAUCCUGAGCAAGCUGAAACUCACCAGCCCCCCAGAAGACUACCCCGAACCCGAGGAAGUCCCCCCGGAGGUGAUUUCCAUCUACAACAGCACAAGGGACUUGCUCCAGGAGAAGGCGAGCCGGAGGGCGGCCGCCUGCGAGCGCGAGCGGAGCGACGAGGAGUACUACGCCAAGGAGGUUUACAAAAUAGACAUGCCGCCUUUCUUCCCCUCGGAAACUGUCUGCUCAGUUGUUACAACACCCUCUGGCUCAGUGGGCAGCUUGUGCUACAGACAGCCCCAGGUGCUCUGUGGGUACCUUGAUGCCAUCCCGCCCACUUUCUACAGACCCUACUUCAGAAUUGUCCGAUUUGACGUCUCCGCCAUGGAGAAGAAUGCUUCCAAUUUGGUGAAGGCAGAGUUCAGAGUCUUUCGUUUACAGAACCCGAAAGCCAGAGUGCCUGAACAACGGAUCGAACUGUAUCAGAUUCUCAAAUCCAAAGAUUUAACAUCUCCAACCCAGCGCUACAUCGACAGCAAAGUCGUGAAAACCAGAGCAGAAGGUGAAUGGCUCUCCUUCGACGUCACUGAUGCUGUUCACGAAUGGCUCCACCAUAAAGACAGGAAUCUGGGAUUUAAAAUAAGUUUACACUGUCCCUGCUGCACCUUUGUACCAUCGAAUAAUUACAUCAUCCCCAACAAAAGUGAAGAACUAGAAGCACGAUUUGCAGGUAUUGAUGGCACCUCCACAUAUACGAGUGGUGAUCAGAAAACAAUAAAGUCCACUAGGAAAAAAAACAGUGGGAAGACCCCACAUCUCCUGCUAAUGUUGUUACCCUCCUACAGACUUGAGUCACAACAGUCCAACCGGCGGAAGAAGCGUGCUUUGGAUGCAGCCUAUUGCUUUAGAAAUGUGCAGGAUAAUUGUUGCCUACGCCCACUUUACAUUGAUUUCAAGAGGGAUCUUGGGUGGAAAUGGAUACAUGAGCCUAAAGGGUACAAUGCCAACUUCUGUGCUGGAGCGUGCCCGUAUCUGUGGAGCUCAGACACUCAGCACAGUAGGGUUCUCAGCUUAUAUAAUACCAUAAAUCCAGAAGCAUCUGCUUCCCCUUGCUGCGUGUCCCAGGAUUUAGAACCGCUCACCAUUCUCUACUACAUCGGCAAAACACCCAAGAUUGAACAGCUUUCUAAUAUGAUCGUAAAGUCUUGCAAAUGCAGCUAAGAUUCUUGGAAAAGUGACAAGACGAUAAUCAAAGAGUGAUGAUGAUAAUGUUGAUGAUGAUGAUGAUGAUGAUGAUAGUGACAAAGGCAAUGUUUGUAACAAGACAACACGAGAGAGCCUUGCUUCAUCAGUGUUUAAAAAAAAUUUGAAAAAGCGGUACUAGUUCCAACACUUCGGAAGUUUGUGUUCUGUUUGUUAAAACUGGCAUCUGAAACAAACAAACAAAAAAAGUUGAAGGCUUUAUUCUAUAUUUUACCUACUCUGUAAGUGAGAGAGACAAGAAGCAAAACCUUUUUUUCUUGAGAAAAAAAAAAUAAACACUGGAAGAAUUUGUUAGUGUUAAUUAUGUGAAAGAAAAAAAAAACAGGAAAAUCCCGUUAAGUGGAGUUGCUGUACAUACGUUUUUAUCCCACGCCUCACUUGAUUUUUCUGUAUUGCUAUGCAAUAAGCAUCCUUCCCAUUCUUACUUAGAGUUAACAGUGAGUUAUUUAUUGUGUGUUACUAUAUAAUGAACAUUUCAUUGCCCUUGGAAAAUAAAACAGGUGUAUAAAGUGGAGACCAAAUACUUUGCCAGAAACUCAUGGAUGGCUUAAGGAACUUGAACUCAAACGAGCCAGCAAAAAAAAAAGAGGUCAUAUUAACGGGAUGAAAAAUGCAAGUGACAUAUUAUAUGACCGAGCAAGUCUGCAUGAAGACAAGACCCUGAAAACACAUGCUCUCUACCAACUGCCGGAGGAAGCUUCUUGUAAGGUUCAAAACUGAAAAGCCUGUUAAUAAAGGAAACUUUCGGUCAGAAUAAGUCUGUAAGAUUUUUUUUUCCUUUUUAAUUGUAAAUUGUUCUUUGUCAGUUUAGUCAACCAGUGAAAUGUUGAAAUGUUUUGAUAUGUACUGGUCAAACUUCAGACCUUAAAGUAUUGCUGUAUAGCUAUGCUCUAGAUUUUUCCUUCAUUUCGGUGUAUGUAACCAUACCUAUAUUACUACAAUAGAUGGGUAUAGAAGCCAGUAUAAUUGGAAACACAUCUGCAGAUCUCUUUUGCAAACAAUGAAAUCAAAACAUUAAUUACUUUAUUGUGUAAUGUAUAAAUUUUUACCAUAUUUUUAAUGUUCUGUAAUAAUGUCAACUCUGAUUUAGAUUGGACUUAAAUUUGGGCGCUUUUUAAUGAUUGUUCAGAAUUGUGUGUUUCCCUUAGCUGGCCAGUACUUUUGAGUAAAGCCCCUGUAUUUUGACUUGCACUACAAAUACAUGUUUGAUAGUAUUUGUUCCACCUGUGCUUUUGCAUUGUCCAUUAUUAUGACGUAAGCUACCUGAGUCCACUUGUCCUUUUUUUUUUCUUUUAUAAAAAGAUGUAGUUUUCCCUCAUUUUCUACGCAUCAUUACUAAUCAGUUCAGACAUUAACAAUCUUCUAUUUUAGGGAAAUUGGGGAUUAUAGAUACAUAGAUAAUUGAGGUGAAAUGUUCUAGUUUUAGCAAGGGCUUAAGGAUCUGACUGGAACUCAGAAUCUUGGUGACUGGGUUAAGAAAGUUUUCUCUAACUUGGUUUAAUCAGUAUUCUCACAGAAUUCUACUGUUAUAAAAGAGCAGACAGUUCAUAGGAAACAACUUUUUCUUUAAUCGAGUUUUUAGUGUUCAGGGAGAAAUGGAAAGAUUUGCAUUUUAGUUGAUUUUAUUUUUUUAAAGGAAGAAAAAAAGCCCAGGUCAGCAUAAGUCAUGUAGUUUAUUUCACUGAAGUUAAGGUUUUUAUAGAUGUUCUUUGAAGGUUGAAAAGGCACUAGGCAAAUUCUCCCAUGAUCAAAAAAUCCUUUCUUUCCUCUGAAUGAGAGUUAUCAAAUCAGAGGUUAGAAUUUACCUUGCUGAAAUACAUGAUUUGCCACAUUUUUGCAGAGGAGGUAAACUUAUGUCAGGGGUUGUAGGAUAUGUCAGUUUGUCAGUUGUCUCUUAUUUAGCUUUAGGAUAACAAUUAAUAGUAAGUCAAUGGAAUAUUUGCAGUUUUACCUAAAGAGCAGCACAAUGAGGUGUGAAUCCAGCGUGAAGUUGUUUGUUUGAUAUAGUGUACUUCUUUUUUGGAAUUUCCUGACCAUUAUUAAAAUGACAAAUUGGAUUUGUUUGAAAACUGGAAAAGCAAGAGAUAGGAUGCCACAAUACCAAACAACCCUUGGGUUGGAUGUAACCCAAUCCCAGAUUGGAGUGUGUUGAUUUUUUUUUCUCUUCCACUUUUCUAUCUAUUCUAUGUAAAUCACUUUUAUUUCUGCAGGUAUUUUCCUCUCGAUAGAAUGACAUUUUGUUUUGUAUUAUUUUGUCUUUCCUCAUGAAUGCACUGAUAAUAUUUUAAAUGCUCUAUUUUAAGAUCUCUUGAAUCUUUUUUUUUUUUUUUUUAGUUUUGGGGUUUUAUAAGGCCUUUAUUUCCCAUAAGUAAAUAUUGCUAUGAGAGGGGAGGGAGUGGGGAAAAUGUUAGUAUGUGGGUGGGUUUGGCCUGCAGUUUUUCUGUGAUAAACAGCAAUACGAUUUUAUGGUUGGCAUGAUUUUUUUAAAAAAAAUGGAACAUAAGAAUAGCUGUUUUGUAUUUUGAUGACUGAUUACGCUGUAUUUUAACACAAUGUAUGUCUGUUUUUGUGGUGCUCUAGUGGUAAAUAAAUUAUUUCAAUU